UUUAUUUUAUUUAAUUUUUUUGUUUUCCUUCCAUCCUUUCCCUUCCCUUCGAGCUACCUCGGUGCUUGGCAGGAAACAAAAAUGUCUCUCUCUGACUCCGCCUCUUUAAGAAAAAAUCGGAUGUGGAUGUGAGAGAGAGAAAAAGGGCAGCAACAAUGUGACAGACAACACAGCCGCUCGGCUCGGAGUUGUAGUGGAUAUCAGCUCAGUGAACGGAGGGAGGGCAGAGGCGAGCCAAGCCGAGCCGCAUGCUCGCUGUGCAACAAGGCGUACGGGAGCGGAAUAAUGAAGCGGCGGCCAGCAGCAUCCAGACAGCAGCGAGGUGGCGUUUAGGGUCCUGUUUGAGUCGGACACAUAACAGACUCAUGGGCAGGAAGAAAUAAAGGCAUCGGUUCAGCCCCUCCCUAGCUGACCUGUCCUGGCUGUGGGGAUUUGUUGAUGUCGGGCCAGCUCCACGGGUGUCUAUGUGAGCGAAGGGUAAUGAAGUCCAGCAUGAAGCAGUGGCGGAAGCUGUUGUUGGUGGCCAUGCUGGUCUGGGUCCUGGUCUUUCUUGCUCUGCUCUCCUACUUCCUGGAUGCCCGUGGGGAUGAGUCUCUGACCUCUGUUGGCUCUUUACUCUACCAGCAUCCUGACACAAGGCGGCUGGCCUCCAUACAAGCCUCCAAUCAGCAGCAUGGAUUUGGUUUAAGGCCUGAACUGGCUUUGCAAUUAACUACAACACAUCUCGGAGACAAACCGGGACCAAAACCUUCCACCAGCUCCAUAACCACAGAGACCAGCAUGGAGGCAAGCCAGAGCCCUUACUUGACUUACGGUAGCCAGGAGGCGGGUCGCCAAGAUUAUCUGGACCCACAGAGCCUGGCUGCCUGGUCCUCCUUUGGUACAGAGAACGUGGGCUCUCAUUCAGACCCUGCAGUCCAGAGUCGUGAGAGAAUGAACCAGGUCAGUGCCCCUCAAUACAACGGCGGUGAGGAUGAAGAGGAAGUUAGAGAAGAUCAAGAUCUUGAGCACAAAGGUAGGACUCCAGAAGACGGGAGAACUGGUGGAGACUCUUCUGACGUGGACGAUUACCACUUCUCCCGAUCUGCCUCUGUGGUGCAGAGGCUGUGGAAGGGCCGUGUGUCCGCCGGCAUGCUGAGUCCCCGACUGCAGCGCGCCAUGAAGGACUACAUGAGCGCAAACAAACAUCACGUUUUCUACAACGGACAUCGGAAAGAUUCUCAGAGCGCCAAAGAGUUGCUGUGUCAAAUGAAAACCCAGGCUCAGCUGAAAACAGUGGAUGGGUUGGAGGAGCCCUUCUCCUCGCUUGGCUGGGCCGACUUUGUGCCAUCCCAUCCGCUGGAGCAGCUGAACAAACAGCAACAGGGCAGGAGUGGCUUCAAAAGCUGUGCAGUGGUCACCUCUGCUGGCGCCAUCCUGCGCUCCAGACUGGGCAAGGAAAUAGACGCUCAUGAUGCAGUUUUGCGGUUCAACGCGGCCCCUACAGAGGGAUAUGAGAAUGAUGUGGGAAACAAAACUACCAUCCGCAUCAUCAACUCACAGAUUUUGGCGAAUCCCAAUUUUGACUUCAACACGAGCUCCAUCUAUAAGAAUAUAACGCUGGUGGCCUGGGAUCCUGCACCUUACAAUGCUAACUUGCAUCAGUGGUAUGCCACUCCGGACUACAACCUGUUUGGUCCGUACAUAGAUCAGCGUAAGGCCCACCCCGACCAGCCCUUCUAUAUCCUUCACCCCAGCUACGUGUGGCGACUGUGGGAUGUGAUUCAGAGCAACACUCAGGAGAACAUCCAGCCCAAUCCCCCCUCCUCUGGCUUCAUAGGCAUUCUCCUGAUGAUGGCGCUGUGUGAGCAGGUGCACGUGUACGAGUACAUUCCCUCCCUGAGGCAGUCUGACCUGUGCCACUACCACGAGCAUUACUACGAUGCUGCCUGUACACUAGGCGCCUAUCACCCCCUCCUCUACGAGAAGAUCCUGAUCCAGCGCAUCAACACGGGGCCCGAGAGCGACCUCCGGAGGAAGGGACGCGCAACUCUUCCGGGCUUCAGCACCAUCGACUGUGGCAUUUGAAAUAUAAAACUCUCUGAGCCUGAAAGUCAAAUAAAAAUAAAAAACUGCAUACACUGGUCUUUGAUGGUUGACCAAGGGAGAGUUGCAAUAAAGCCACAGCAGACAAGAAGAAUGAGGCUUACUCGUUUCCAAUUAGCCCCAGUAAGAGCAUAAGCCAUAGCCCUCCUGGGAGGGAUCAGCUCCGAUGUUGUCUAAAGACCUUGUCUUCUUUAAUAACAAUUUACUUGACCAGAGACUGGUCAGAGAGGUGAGACACAAAAACUCUGCUUUAGCUGAGCCACGUUAGCUGUGGAGCUGACUAGGGUAGCAACAAAUCGGUGUUUUAGGUAGAAAGUCAGUUUUUAAUAACAUGGUGUGCAUCAGUCGUAAAAAAAAAUUAAAUAAUAAAAAAAAAAAGUUUUGCAGUUUUAUGGGUGGUAAUCCACUUAAAGGAAAAGCCACAGUUUAUUACUUGAGAUUUCUUUUUUAACAAUCCAGAGUGGAGAGAGUGAAGCGAAGAGUCACUCUGAAUUUCAUAAAAGUCUCCGCACACUGCAGCAACAAAAAGAAUGUGCAGUUUUUGAAGACAGAUGAUCCACAUUACUGUACAUAUCUCCCAGCAGAAUCAGAAGCCGCUUCGAGUCGUCACCAGGGUGUUAGUUUCUGACUACUGAUGUUAUGAUUGGUCUAAAGUCACUGUUCUUUGCACGACGACUGACAGUCACCAGUCUGAUCACAGUUGAGGUUUUGUUUUUUUGUUUUUUUAGGAUGCACUCGUUUUGUAAAAAAAAAUGAACGUAAAUGGGGGCCAAAAAAAAUAAAACGGGUGCUGCGAACAGCCAUUACCCCGUGCCUGAUGGUCAGCCGAACACUUUCCUCGGGUUGCCUUGUCACUGUUUAGCUAAAUGCAGUACACUCUGCGGCAGGACUGCAUCGCCAUCCACUUUGAUUGUGAUGCUGUGUGGAACAGCGGUUUUUCCUGCAGUCAUAUACUUCUCAGCUCUGCCUCAACAAUCACCAGCCCCUCAGAUUUUAGUUUCUCCUUCUCUGCUCUCAUUUCACUGUUUAUUGAAUGUAUUUUUACCACUGCCUGCUUUGGCCAACCCUGUACUGGAGCUCACCUCUGCUGUACUGUCUGCAUACAUACGUCACAGGGAUAUUACUUUGGAUAAAGUGCAUUCCUUACAAUUAUACAUGGUUCAGAGUUGCAAUAUCCACCCCGGCUCAGAACAGAGACGGUUAAAAAUCCGGGAUUUUUGGCCAGCAGUGUCUCGGGAUUUACUUUGCCUCCAAGUUUUGAUUGUUUUAUGUUUGCAGUGAGCCGGUGCCACAUCUGGCGGUAGCUGUAGAGGUUUAAAGUCAGCACGGGAAUGAAGGCCUGAAAAUAUUUGGCUUGAGGGAAGUGUUUUAAUAAAUGUGAGCAAUCGGUAGUGGUUUGAUGAAAAAUUUAAAGUUGUUGCAUGUGAAGAAAGCGACUGCUGCAGUAGUGUAGAAAGUAAAAAGCUGCUUCUGGGUUUCGACUUGGGUUGGGUAUGUGUUUUCAAUCUUUAUUUUAUGAAAAAGGAUUAAGUACUUUUAAAAUCGAGUGCCAUUUUCACUUUUAGUGUUUUAUACAUGAUGUGUUAAUAUAAAUUAGCGAUUUUGCAAAUACUACGAGAAACUGCCAUGGUCGGUUUCUCGUAGUCCUUCUCCGCUCUCAUUUCACUGUUUAUUGAAUGUAUUUUUACCACUGCCUGCUUUGGCCAACCCCGAUUAAAACCAUCAGUUUCUUGUUGUGUAGAUGCUUUUUUUAUGUGGGACCUCAGCUGUCCAACAUACUCGAUUGGUUGUUUGGAAUUUGUAGGUUUAUCAUCUCCGUGUUCCGAGAUGUUGAUUCAGAGAAGUGUUUCUGGCAACAAGAAGUGUUGCCAGAAGUUAUGCUUAAAACUAAACAUAACUGUUUAGGUUUAAAGAUGAGAGAUUAUAACAAAAAUAAAGUGGAAUUAGCAUUUAGACUUUAAUCAAAUUCAAUAAAUAUAACAUUUAGAACAGAGACCAUGUUUUUUGCCUUUCAUAGUUCCAGCAUUGCACCACAGGUAGCUGCUGCUGCAAGUUGGAAAAGUUUGGCGGAGGAGGAAGAAAGCAAAGUUUUCAAGGGCCGUUGUAACAAGAAGGGGUGGAGGACAUGAGACGGAGAAAAAACUGGAAUAAGAGAACCAAUUUUGGCAUGUUUGCCAGAACAGAACAUACAGAUUGCUCAAGUUAUCCAUUAAUACAUGAAGAUGUAACAUUAAAUUCCCCUACUCUCCCUCUCCCUGCAUUGUGGAAAGAAAAAACUAAUCCUGACAAAAAAAAAAAAAAAAAAGAUUCCUAUUAAUGUCUUUCAGAGAGCAGCUCCUCUUAUGAAGCACAGUCCUUUUGGAAAUGGUUGCCAAGCACAAUUUCAGACCUGGAAAGAAAUUUGUCUGAAAUGACAUUUUAAGGGAACUUCUGUCAAACUACCAGAAUCAUUUUUGCAAGGUGUAUUUCACAGCAAAUAAUAAAGCAACAUACCCCGGCCCCCAACUGAUUCUAAUGUUGUGGUUGAUAACAUGUGAAAUAACAUGUAGUACAACAUGCAUAAGAUGACGCAUAAUUCAGUGAAUUACUUAGAAGUUAGUUUAAAAAAAAAAAAGGUUCAUCACAUUGAUGCAAAAUUGUGUAACCAUGAAAAGAUUUCCCACAAUGAGAUAUUGAAAAGGUUUUAAUAAAUUCUGUUCAAGCCGUUUCUAGAAAGUGGCCAUGCCCUGAGGUCAGUGUGUGCCAAGGUUUUGAAAAGUUGGUUUUAAUAAUUUUAUGCUAUUACUUUUUAAAGAGAUGCAAGCGGAGGUUCUGGGUUGAGCAGCGCGUUCUCCCACCAAUUUGCUGUGCUUGUAAAAUUUUCCCUUUAGCAGCACGAAAAACCCAUGCAGACAUUUAGUUAUUUCUAAAACGGCUAACGCAAGUUUAAAACUACAGUUAUGAAGGUACUAUCAUGUCUGCUAAGCAACAGACUGUAGUAUGUACCACGGCAGAUAGCCCAACUAAUUAACCAGCUAUCACUAGUUGGCUGUUCUUGCAAAAAUGGUGAAAUUCUGCACAACAAUCAGUCGGACAUAAAUGUAGUGGGUAUUCAUUCUGUAGUCAAAGUACUAAAUUUAAUAUAUAAUGUUAGACUAAUAUUAAAUAUGUAGUUUUAGCAGCAGUAAAAAACAAUGUCUAUUUUUCAACCAAAGCAAUUAUGUGAUGUUUAUAUAUUUUUAUUUUCAAAUUUACUUAUUGAUUGGAAUUUUUUUAAGUAGUUAUUGUACCAAAAGAAUGUAAUGCGGGCCGAUGCAUAGUAAUAAUUAUAGUCAAUAGUCUCCCUCUUCCCGGUACAAACUAGAAGCAUUUGCAAGGCCUGUUGACACUUUUCUUUUUCACAAUAAACAUGUACCCAACCCCAGACCAUUUUAAGAACCCCAGUAAUAAGGCUUAUACUAAGAAUAAGCAAUAUGAGGAUUUUGCAGGCUGCAGGUUUCGCUGCAGGGGUAUUAACGUGGUUGUGAUUGUAGCACACUGAACGUGCAAAAAGCCCUGAACAUAUUGUACAUUUGUACUUUCUGUUGCAAAGAGCAUGCUAGGGCUGAGUCUUAAACUGUGUGUGCUGUGUUGUGCUGAAGAUCAUUGCCAUUAAUGUUGUAGGAGUCGACUGUGCUUUAAAGUUUUUGUUGUUUUAUUAAAGACUUUUUUUUUGCAUCUUUCUUUUACUGCAUGCUUGUGGACCACAUUGGGUUGUGGUGUAGCAUUCAGCUGGUCCCUGAUGCCUUCUGGCCACUUCAUUUAUUCAGUAUUGUGCCAAAUUCCACCUUAAAUUGUUUGUCAGAUUUUUAAAGUGGAACACGAACUCAGAAUAAAGACACAACUUCUGGGAAAUUAAGGUUUCUCUCUGUGACUUUUAAGGUCACAGAGAGGUUUCUGUGACCUUAAUAGUUUUUUGUUUUUUUUUCCAUCCACUUUGGUACAGAUUUUUUUAUUGCCAGUGUUAAAUACCAGAAGCUGUAUAAAAUGUUGACAUUAGCUUGUGGAUAAGUGGUGGAAGAGUACAUUGUUUAGACACUGAUGAUAAAGUUUUUCCUCUUUCAACCCGUUCUCCAGUAUUUUUUCCUUUCUCUUGAGGCCUACUUUUCAUGUCUUGUUUUGAUUUACUAUGGUGGGAACUUAUGGACCACACUGCCUCUGAAGGAUUGUUCAGCAUUUAAUUUUAGGUUAUACUUCAGUGUGAUAGGAGGUCCUGUUUCACUCCCAGCAGCCUUAGGGUGAUCUUGAUUUUUAUUAUUCAGUGAGUUUUCUUCUUCUUACACUUGAAUGAUAUUUAAAUGGAGGAUUUCUAUGAGUUGAGCUGUUAUCUCCUUUUUUACUGUGUGAAUAAAAUUGUUGAAACAUG